AUGGAUCCAAACAACCUUCUCCCAGCCAAUGGACUUGAAGAGGUCCACCCAAACGGUGUUUAUGGCAAAUUGUCUAACUCUGGAAAGGACGGUAUUGAUUCAAACGUAGGCCCUGGUGUUACUAAAAUUAUCGAAACUGAAGCUCCAAAUGGAAUCUUUGAAAAUUUCAUCCAGUAUGAUAGCACUCCAGCUAAUUACUCAUCCAAGGCAGAAAUCAAGGAAGAAUCAAGUGAUUAUGUAGGUGUGAACAAUGUCACCAUUUCUAAGGAAGAGGAAGAAGAAAUCAUAGACCGUACAGAGCAAUUCAAAGUAGGAAAAGGUCCUGUUAAGAAUAAGAAUGCAAAGUCACCAAGUCCCAGAAGUGUUCAUGCAAGUUCAAUUAAAAAGACCAAAGAUGGAAAAGAUGAAGAGGUAGCAUCUACUGUUUCAAAUGGUACUUUUGCUUCAGACUCUAUCCCAAGACAGCAAAUAAAAAAUAGAUCAUUGAGUGACAAACAGGAUGGACUAUCCAAGCACCCUGGAAAGUCUAACGUGGCACCUUCUGAAGCAUCAAAGGAGAAGUCCAGACCACGACUAUCGAAGAAAGGGCCUCCUGAUAAUCUUAAUCUUCAAGGAGAAGCAGAAUCUUCUUCUCCUACUGCAGAAGAUGCCAAACCUCGCAGGGUAGGGAUGCUCCCAAAUUAUGGAUUCAGUUUCAAGUGUGAUGAGCGAGCUGAGAGAAGAAGAGAGUUCUACACUAAGCUUGAGGAAAAGAUUCAUGCAAAGGAAGUGGAGGAGAGUAACUUGCAAGCGAAAACCAAGGAGACCCAAGAAGCUGAGAUUAAGAUGCUUAGAAAAAGUCUGGGAUUUAAAGCAACUCCAAUGCCAAGCUUCUACCAGGAACCUCCACCUCCCAGGGUGGAAGUUAAAAAGAUGCCAACUACAAGAGCUAAAUCUCCCAAGCUUGGUCGUAAGAAGAGUUCAACAAUUUCAGAGUCAGAAGGAAACACUAGCAAUAGUGCUCGACAAGGUCGAUUAAGUCUGGAUGAGAAAGUGUCUCAGACUAACCUCACAAAAGGAAUUACUCCUGUUCAUCUAAAGAAGCCACAUCGAAAGUCUCUUCCUCCUCGACUGACUUCUGAAAAGACCAGUUCAUCCAAUUCGGCAUCUGCACGGACCCCAUCUAAGGCAAUGAAUGAUGACAAAACCUCCUUAUCAAGUGUAACAACUGAAGUUGCCACCUUAUCCAUUUUAACUGGGGAAGCGAAAGUUGAAAUAGCUGCAGCCACUGAAGAGAGCAAUGUCUUAUUGGAUGAGACAAGUGAAGCAAAAUCACCUACUGUGAAUGCUGAUUUAGUCAUUGAAGAGAAACCGCUACUCACCUUGGCACAAGAACCCCUAGUGGCAGAGCUCUAA